UAUGACAAGUUCAGUACGUUAAGGGAUUUAUAUUUUCUUUACAUCAUCGUUUUAGGUGUAUAUUUUUAUCUUAAUCUAUAGAUAGUGCUUAACAUUAUGUCCAUCUUUUAAUCUGUUCAUAUAUCAAAAUUCAAACUAUAAUUUAAUAUAUUUAUUUAUAUAAAGUGAAACUUGAUAAAUUAUAAUUAAAGAUUCGAGUAUGGAUCUUGAGGAUGAAACCUUGCAAAUGCAUCUUUUGCACGAUUAUACUACAAGUUCUAUAAAAUCUCAAACGAUAUAUAAGCUACUUUUAGAUUAUUUACGAACAAAAAAUUUUAGACAUUUCAAAUGUCUUGUUGAGCAGAAUUUGAAGAAACAACCACCUGUCAUCAAUAUAAACUAUGCCUAUCCGAAUCAAUCGAAUGAAACUUGCUUGGACAUCGCUUGCAAGAAUGGCCUUUCAGAGUUCGUGAAAUUUCUAUUGGAAAAAGGGGCGAAGGUGAACAGGAUCAACGAAGCCCAUAAUCGUGGACCAAUUCACUUUGCUACCGAAAAUGGCCAUGCGGAUGUCCUUAGUAUAUUAUUGGAUGAACCCACGAUAAAUCCAAACCUGGAGGUUGUACAACAAACAGCUUUGCAUAUAGCAGUGAAGAGGAAUGAUCUGAAAUGUGCGUCAUUGCUUCUAGAAAAAGGCGCCAGUCCUAAUAUUCCCAAUAACAAAGGUUUAACAGCUUUGCAUAUAGCAGCCAUGAAGGAUUACAGAAAUAUGGUGAAUCUAAUUUUGGAAAAAAGUAGACACGCCUUAAAUUUAGAUACGUAUAAAGAUUAUAACAAUCAAACUACUAGGCAAAUAUUACAAAAAAAAAUACCGAAUAUUUCAUUGCCCCCUAUUGAGGAACGAAAUGUAAAUAUUCAUGAUUUGAAGUAUUAUUUAAAUGCCAAUGAUGAGAUGAAUUUUUUAAGAUGUUUAAAAAUCGUUCAAAAUGAUAUGUUAAACAAUGAUUUAGAGAAAUUGAUUGAAAUGGCCGUACAGAAAAAUUUCAAAGAAGCAAUCAUUCUUUUGCUAGAAAGAACAAAAGAAAUUAAAUGUAACUUAGAAAAGGCUGCGAAUUUAGCAAUUCAACGAGGUUCACCAUAUAUCCUUCGACGAAUAUUGGAAACUGAUAUUGAAGUUAAAAACGAUUUGUUGUUAAAUGCUUGCAUAGAACUCAAUAUACCACAUAAAGGAGGAUCGGAAGAUAUGAAUGAUCGUUUGGAAUGUUUCAAUCUAAUCUUGGAAAGAGAGGAUGUGGAUGUUCGAUGCACAGAUGGCAAAGGAAAUACUCCACUUCACUACGCAGCAAAAGCUGAUUGUCGUGAGGCGGUGACAUUGUUACUCGAAAAAGGAAGCUAUAUCGGUCACAUGAAUAAUUUCGGCAUUCCACCAGUUGCUGAUAUCUCUAUAUCCACUUUAUCUCAAUAUUUUGACGAUUGUAUAGUAGCUAGAAAAGAACGAACAAACGAAUAUACAAUUGAAUUUAAUUACAAAUGUUUAAUGCCUCACGAUAAUUCAUACAUGAUAAAUCAACAAAAUAAUUUUAAAAAUCAAGAAAAACGAGAAAUGGAUAUUUUCCAAUAUAUUGCUAGCAAUAAUAGUUUAAAACACUUGUUAAAACAUCCUUUGUUGUCAUCUUUUUUAUAUCUCAAAUGGCAUCGAAUAAGAUACAUUUUGUAUCUAAACUUUGCAUUUUAUAUUUUAUUUUAUCUUCUGUUAAACAUUUAUAUUCUGCAAAUUACUUACGUGAAAAAUACACAAAUAUCGACGAAUUCGAGUGAACAGAUGAAUGGAGAAAUAAAAAAUUCAAUUUCGAUCUAUGUUUUACAAAUAUUUACUGGCAUUAUGACAGCAUUAUUUGCAUUCAGAGAAAUUCUUCAAUUACUCUCUUCGCCGUGUCACUAUAUGUCAAGUUUGGAAAACUGGAUCGAAAUGGCAUUAAUAAUACUUGGAUUUUAUAUUCUAAAUGGCGCUACCACACAAGUCGCUGCCGUUAUAAUAUUAUUAUCUGCCUGGGAAUUGGUAAUUUUGAUUGGCAAGCAUCCUCGAAUGUCCACUGGUAUUGAGAUGUUUAAAACAGUGUCUUUCAAUUUCAUACGUUUUUUGUUUCUUUAUGCGUUUCUUAUCCUAGCUUUUGCACUGGCUUUUUUCAUUCUUUUUAAAGAUGGCGAUAAUGAAAAUUUUCCAGAUCCUGGGCAUUCGUUAUUCAAGACUAUUAUCAUGCUCACUGGAGAAUUUGACGCUAAUGAUAUUCCCUUUGUUUCGCAUCCUAUUCUUAGUCAUUUUGUUUUUAUUCUCUUUGUCUUCCUUAUCGCAAUAGUGUUGUUUAAUUUACUGAAUGGUUUAGCAGUCAGCGACACUGUGAACAUUCUUGAAAAGGCAGAAUUGGUAGGAUUAAUUUCUAGAAUACGAAUUCUUGCUUACAUUGAAAAUGUGAUUAUUCAAGCACCUUUUAUACAUGGACCAUAUUGUUUAAUUUGUUGCAAUCUCUUAUAUGGCUGGAGAUGUAAUCCAUUAGCAUUUCUUAUUCAGAAAAUUCUCCUUUUUCCGAACUAUUUAAAUAGUGGUAAGCUGAAUGUGAUACCAUACGACAGCUUGGAAACUUACGAAAGUAAGUUAUACGAUAAAGUAGAAUUAAAUAAAAAUUCUCAAAAUAAAGUGAUUCCUACCUUUAAAAUGGAUCCAGAUAUUAUUAAACAGGCUAAAGAUAUUCUAAUGAAAAAAGGUCAAGAAUCAGACAAUGAAAAAAUAUUUAAUAAAUUGGAAAAAUUGGAAAAAAAAUUCGUGACAAUGGAGUUUAUUUUAAAUUCUAUAAAAAAAAAGAUUGAAAAUAAUAAUUGUAAUAUUCUAGAACAUGAAAAUUAA